UCAAUAUAAUCAGAGAGUUUAAGUUUAAUCUUGCUCCAACACUAGUAAAGAGCUAGGAGCUUUGUAUGAGCAACACUAAAUCCAUGCUCAUGCAUCUCCACAGUUCCAAACAUCCAAAAGUUCAUCAGUUAUGAAUGUGCGUCGGGCUAUUACUUGUCUGAUGUUCCAAUUCGGAACAGAGAUGGACUUAACUGGAAGGAGUUAAGGAGCUGGAUACCAUCCACAUGUGCAGGCCAUUUGACUAUCUGUUUGGCAAAAUGCUUGUUUAUCAGUGGUUGCGAUGAGAAUUGCGGUAAAAAAUUAAAUAGAAUGUCCAAGCAUCUUGCGAAUGAUUAUCCUGCAGUAGAAGAAACAAUUUCAGGUGUGCGUGUUUAUAUAGAGCUUAAGAAUCUAGCUAAAAGAGCGGGACAUUACAGUGGAAACUAUACUACACAUAGGACAUGUGAUAAAGGCUAUGGAAUGACAAGUAUGGAUGUUGUAUGUUUUCUGCUUCUGAACAUGCAAUCUCUAGAUUCAUUAUUAUUAUCCAAACAUAUUGCCUUGUUUAAACAACUUCCGUAUUACCUACACCCCCAUUCUGAAACCGGGAAAAAUGGAAGAUAUGGAAGGCAGCUUGUUUGUCGAGUCUGUGAUACCCUCACAAAGAUGUGUUUCAUAUUUCUAAAAUGUGAAGAAUUAAGUUGCCGAAUCUUUGAAAUGCUAGUUAGUAUGGCCCCGGACAGGUACAUCCAACAGAAAUUCGAAGGAGGUGUUGUGUUCGUCGAGGAGUUUGGCGGUAAUCCGAUUCGAUUAUUUCUUGUUACAAGAUCAAUAUCCAAGUUCGGAGGCAAUCUACCAACUAUAUUUCCGGGUAGCUUUCGUAAUUACUACGAGAGAGGUAAGGUAGUCUCAACCACAACGGAGCAAUCUGUCAUGAGAAUAAAAUUUGAAGAUCAGUUUCCUAACGGGGGAUGGUUAAAUGACCUCCUUAAUACCACAAUCUUUUCGCCUCCUGGUGCUGCAUCAUCGUUGGUCGAGACAUUUCUAGAUAUUUCUACUGAUGCAAACGUCCAGUUCGAGACAAGUGGAGACAAAAUUAAUGUUGUUCACAAGAAAUGUCCCUGUUUUGAUCAUAGGCGAUUAUCGUUUGACAGGGGCAAGAAAUCCAGAAUUACCUGGAAGGAGUUAAGCGAUGCGUGCUGGAUACUGGCCACACGUAUAGACCAGUUUGCCAUUGUUAUGAGGAAACACUUGAUUAUUGGUAAUGGCAAUGAGUUUCUCAAGGAACUGCACGAUGACAUGUGUUGUUUCAGCAAACAAGCAAUAGUGGGUCUCGCCAAUGUAGGCAUACAUCAAGUUGACAACUUAUAUUGCAACAUCAGUAAAGCAGAUAACUUGGUAAAUCUUGCUCCACGAGGAUUUUGCAUAGAUAAUAACUCCAGUAUUGCUUUACUUAAUACCUUUGCCUUGAAGAUGUGGUAUAUAAUUGCAGUCCAGAUAUGGAAGCCACCUUGGCACUUACCGGAUUGGAAGUAUUCAUGCUGGGAAUUAAUUUCUUUGCACAAGCCGAGCUUAUCAAGAUUAUGGAAGCCAUCUUGGCUAGCCGUUGCAGAAUCUAAUGAUGUUUCCGUGAUGAAUUCUGGCAAUCAACUUGAGGACAAGUUUCAUUUCAAAGGGCUGGGAAUAUUAAAAUGCGACUCUAUUUUUUGGGUAGAUAUAUUUAGGAAUCAAUUUAGUCUUAUAAUCCAACUUGAAGACAAGUUGUGUCUCAAGGGGUUGGGGAUGUUGCGACACCAAUACCAAUUAGUUAUUUUAGGAAUUAGAAUAUGUUCCCUUAUUUGUUAUUAGCUUAGUAUUCAAGCCAUGUUUUCAUAUAUAUUCAUAGUUUCUUCUAGGGUAGGAAUCAAUCAAUGAAUUAAUACAAAACUCAGUUCUUUAUUUGUUCUUUUUAUUUGUAAAUUCUAUCUUAGGGUUCUUGUAUAGUUGUUUGGGGUCAGAACCCUAACAGAAAUUGCAAAUUAGGGUUUAUGUUGUUGUUUUAAAAUUUGGGUUUUCUUCUCAAUCAUAGGAUAAACUUGUUGAGUUUACUGGUUAUUAUUGAUUGAAUUGAAUCAUUUAGAUGAUGAUUGAAGUUGGGUUUUCUCUUUAUUGGUUAAUUUUUAAUGAGAACCAUAGGAUAAAUUUUUGAAUGUUGUUACUUCUUUGUGACUAGGUACAGUUCUCUGUGAUAACUGCGUCUCAUUAACUGCAACCAGCCUAAUUGUUUAUCGUUGACAAGGACAUUGCUGCCGGAGCAGUAAAGAAGAGGCAUCCUGCUACUAAGAAGCCUUACUCUAGGUUUUAAAUAAAUGCAGACGUUAUCGAAGCAUUGUUGUGCUUAAGCGAUUGGUUGCCAGAUUUCAUUUGUGAAGAUGAUAUGGAAAAUUUGGAAAUCGAAGACGAACGAAGUCAAGAGAGUCAGAGGCUAGAGAGGAGAGUGACAGAUACUUAUCAUACUUCG